AACGGCCCUUGAGCCUCUUGUGAAGUUGCGAUGGGCAAGGAACGGACGGGCAAAUAAGUUUGAUUGAUGAAGGUUGAUAAGGAAGAUAAUAGGAAAGAUCGAUCCAGAGGCGUGCUUGAGGCACUCCAUGAUGAAGCUAAGGUCGGCAGGAGGGAUACCGCUCUCGGUCGCACCAGCACCGGUCUUCUCAGUGUCAGACAUGAUGAUUGUAGUUUGGGUACGUUUGAUCGUGGGUAUGGAACGAUCUAUAAAAGCUGAUGUUCAAGUAGUUGCAAUAGGCUUGGAAGGGUACUGUGACGAAGUUGAGACAAGGUUGAAAUUGCGAGACUUGAAAUGGUUUGAUGUUGUUAUGAGAAGGAUGAAGGGGGUUCACGAAAGUCCUUUAUACCUCCAUACCCAGGGCGGUGUGUCUGCUGAACUUCGAAAUCAAUAGGCGAGGACAGCACCACAACACACCUAAUCCAACUGGAAUCGUUGAGCAGGGUCUAUUUUCUCAAGGUGAUGAUACUCCCACC